ACAAAAAGCGGGCGGCAGCUGUCCCUCCAAGUCCGCGUCAAAGCCGUUUAGCCUACGACGAAAACGGAUGAAAACUCGCACAACAGACGGUUGCACGUCGCCCCAACCGUUUCGCCCCGAGUGAGCAACGGUGUCGUCUAAGUUCCCGUAAUAGAUGUAAUAGAGCUCGCAGGUCACAGCCAGGUCGAUCCUCCACUACGCCAUGGUCUGCAGCAAUAGGUCCUGAGACCCGGCGCAGUGGUUGGUAUUCGUCUGAAGGAAGCUGAAUUCAGCGGUUAUGUUGACAUUGCAGUUUCUUCUUCGGCUUGGCGCCGUCUGACGUUGAUGGUGGUCUGGGUGCCUAAAACCACCUUACUCUUCAUGAUAGGUGGGUGUCAUUCCCCCAACUCAAUCGCGUGCCCGGAGUGCUUUCCGGCGUCCACGCAAACUGCACAAAGUAACUUCCCGGUGCAGCUUACCAAUUUGUAACCAUUGACGCCGCACCGUUAGCAAAGGCGAAAGGGGGCGCUCCUUUAAUACCGCCAGCCGGGUGUUUAUCACUACGCCGACUGCAGACACUAUGGAGGCCUUUAACUCCUCAAGAGCCUGCGCACCCCGUGUGUUGCUGGCCGCAGAGUCGUUCGCCAAAUAUCAAAAACAACAUGUUGGCGAAGAAGUUGAUGCAUAUAUCAGUUUUUGGACUGGCGAUGCUGUGGGACUGGAGGAGCGAAGCUGCCACGGCCGCUGUAAAACUUUGUGGCCGACAGCUCGGAGACAUCAUGAGCAGAGUCUGCCACGAGUACAAUAGCCCUUCUUGGGACGCGCCUACAGUGGUAGAGCAGCCAGCUGCAUUGGUGAGAAGAAGAAGACGAACUGGAAUCGCAGAUGAGUGCUGUGUUUUCGGAUGUACUUGGGAACAGCUUACUGCAUAUUGUGCUAUUAGUGCCAAAUCUGAAUCACCGCUGGAUUCCAUGGAAGCACAUAUGAUCGCGGACCGAUCGGCGGAGGCGGAGGCGGAGGCGGAGGCGGCGGUUGUUUCUCCGGCUGUGGUAGGCAAGGAGUGGUCUACGAGCGGAGAGACGGGAAGCUCUCGGCGCGAGGUGGGACGCGGUCGCAGUCGCGGGUACGGGCGCGCGAGGGCGCGGGGGCGCCGUUGUUGGUGCCGGCGCAAGAGGCGCUCGGGCCGACGGCGAUCCUCACUCAUGGGUAACAUGGAGCUCAUAAAAGGUGCCGUGCGCGCUGCGCCAGUAUUGGGAACAGUGUCACCGCUGCUGACAUGGGGCAGAACCCUGAACACUGACUUGCCAUCGAUUGAACGAGAUCGAUAUGCAUAUGUUGCAGUCUACACAUAAAUUAACUGACAGCAGAUAAAAACGAGCAAAGUAAACAACACGCAAUCACUCGUUUGCAUUUGGUGCAGCGACCCGGUGUUCCCUAGGUCAAUGUUAGGAAAUAUGAGUAAACAAAUAUUCACUGAAAUAUGACAUACGUAAGUUUUGAGAUGAAAGGCAAAAUUUGUUCAAAAUGGAACAUAUUUACCUAUACGUAACAAAUACCUUCCGUGCAAUGUGUUCAAAUAACUAGUUAAUAUUUUUACCUAAUAGAAGAAAGUUAUAAAAAUUUUGAUUAUUACAAAUUUCUAUAAUCACUUGCAAUAAAUCACAAAACAACAAUCACAUUUAACAAACGGACCAUUAAACUCAUUUUGUCUUUUAUAUUAUAGAAAAAACUUACAAUAUAUCUAAAUAGUGAUGUCAUAACUUCUUAGUAUUUAUUGUGCACUGUAAAUGGUACCUCACUUUACUGAUUUUUAAUAUACAUACAUGUAUUAUUUCGAAUAAAUACUAUAUAAGUGAGAAUAUUCCAGGUACUAUAUAUGCUUUAAUUUUGUAACCUCUUUUUAUCUGAAUCAUAUUUUUAAAUUGUCUGCAAUAGAAUGGAGCACCAUAAUAGAUACAUUAUAAAAUUAUGACUAUUUUAUUUUCUAAGGUAUAUGUAAUUAAUCACCUACCACAUAAGAUUUAAAGAUCUCUAAUGAAUCUGUGAUAAUUCCAAUUAAAAAAUAAUUCAUUAACUUAUAAACUCUAGAUUUAUACACUUAGUUUUGUAUUUCCUUGCCAUGUUUGUAAUGUGCGUGUGUUUUAUGAUUUAGGAUGUAUUAUGAAUUUUAUAAUAAGAACAAAAGUGACUGAUUAAAUGGAUGCUGUAAGUCUAAA